AUGAUACCGAGCUCUUUCGCUUGCGUUCUCGCACUCCCGGCUCUCGCGCUGGCCGCUCGCCCCAAGGAUGCCAUCAAGCUUUCCGACGUGCAGUCUCUCACUCUCCGCGGCAAUGGCGCCAUGACGAACCACCGCCGCGUCGGCGCCAUUCCCCAGCUGAACUGCGUUUCCAAGAAGGCGCUCUGCGAACUAUACGACAUCGACGUGAUGCGCUGCACCAACGACGGCGCCGGCUGGGGCGACGAGGAUAUCCAGUGGAGUUGUACUGCUUCGCUUCCCGAGGAGCUCAAGCUUAGCAAUACCGAUGUUAUCUGCGAGGGCUACAACUCCCCCGACGAUCCCUACGUCCUCAAGGGUAGUUGCGGUGUCGAAUAUCGAGUUGCCUUGACCAAGAAAGGCGAGCGUCGUUAUCCCAACAUCGCCAACGGCGGCUGGUUUGGUGACGGUCGGGGCGGCACAGACUGGGGAGCUGUUAUUUUUACCAUUAUCUUCGUUGGUGUCCUUGGCUGGAUCAUCUACUCAGCAUACUACAAGGCACAGGAGGCCGGGAGCAACACUAAUCGAACGCGGCGCCGUCGCGACGGCUGGUCUUCUGGCGGAUGGGCUCCUGGAUGGGGUCCUGACGGUGACGAUCCUCCACCCCCAUACCCAGGCUCCAAGCCCUCUUCCCAAGCUGAUACCUGGAGGCCUGGUUUCUGGAGCGGCGCUGCAGGAGGUGCUGCAGCGGGGUAUUGGGCUGGCAAUCGCAAUCAACAAAACAAUAAUCACAAUAACGGGUAUGGCAGCGUCGGACGAGGGGGUUCAGGAUGGGGUCGAUCAGGAUCCUCUUCUAGUUCCAACAACAAUUCUAACCGUCACGAGAGCACCGGCUUUGGCUCAACCAGCCGUAGGUAG